CCUUUAUGCAAAGGAGCUGCAGUCAACUGGCUAGCUUGUGUGUUGUCGCACUACUUCGGUGUUAGCACUAGGCAGUGCAUGCAGAGAUGUCUGAUGGGCCGGCAGUUUGUAAAAUUUGUUGCGCGUCAGAGCAAACAAAACCCUUCAGACUUAAGCGAUUUUCUGUCGAAUAUGAUCGUUCCCACUUUGACAGCGGCACUUGCGCACGUACAUAUUUGUCCAUAGACAAAUAAGACUGUGCAACGAUAGCCGGAAGUACCCAAAGGGCCGGAAACGGCCGAUGUUAAGUGAGCACACGUCAUUCACCCCUUACCAAAAAUUAACAUAGACCGUCCAAAACAAUUUGGCCGACAAAAAUGCAACAAUUCAUCGGUCGAAAUGGAAACCGCUAGCAACGUCAAAAUAGCCUAGUAAACCUGUGUAUCGUGGGGUCCUGGUGAAGACUAACGACAGGCUCCCUCUUUUCAAUGCAGCGCAACAUCAUUGAAAAUGGUCUCUUGCUAACGGGUUAGCUGGCUGAUACGAAAACAGCACGCAGAGAAUGGCAGAUGAGCGAGUGGGUGAGGGGGGAGCACAACAGGCCUCGUUCAUCUCGCCCUGGCUCAAAAUUGGACACUUAGAAUUUGCCAACUGCAUGAUUGAACGAGGCAUUCAGAAGAUGUAAUAAUUAUUCGAAAUCCCUCUCUCCCCCUCUUGGUUGACUGUCUCACGUUCCAAGCUGCGAAUCGACUUCCUUUUUGCUAAGUCUAAGAUUCUUCAGCUCACGAACUGAGAAAAAAACGUGAGGGGGAAAGUGUGGAAAUCCACAGUCUUUUGGGAAUUGGGGAACAUUCAAUGAAAGUGAAAGCAAUAUAGACUGACAUCAUAUCCUGACAGAUGCUAAUCUACAUCAGUCAUCACCUCACUACUUAAAAGCAAACAGUGCUGAAUUCCAAAAUAAUGUAAAUAGAAAUGUGCUGAAUUGGAGAUUAACUUAAGAAGGAGAUCCACAGAGAAAUUAUCAGAACGCUACUCAACAUCUAAAAAAGGACCUUGACACAUUAAUGCAUGAUAUACUCAGUGUCAUGCAAAAGACUUUCCUAAGAAGGAAUAGGCACAUUUUUCAUGCAUGGACAAAUCAGAGAUGCACAGCAAAGCUGUGAUACAUUGUCAAACAAACACUCUGAAUACACAUUGCCGUCCUAGGUUGUGAUUGGACACCUCUGAAGCACUUAAAAAAGACUGAAAUAUAUGUCCUACCAAAUUUAGGUAUUUCAUUGAAAAAAGGUCUGAUAAUACAAGAAACAUAAAGUAAGUAUCACCUCCUCACUUGAACUAUCUGUCCCUGCCUCCUCUUAAAUAGAAAGUUGGUCAACAGUGGAAAGUCAUUUGAGCUGAAGAUUUAGUAGAAGCAUACAAAACAGACAUUUUUGGCAGCCGUAUUGAAGCUGACAUGUGGGCCAGAAACAUUUUACAAAGCAGCAUUUUCUUGAAGUGAGAUUUGAAGUAGUAGAUCCUCUGUGGGUGGAACCGUUGUUGCCACUCCUGGCGCUGGUGGUGUGCCCUUUGCACCUCCAUGUCCCAGUGAGUGGGAAAUGUUCCAGUUUGGAAAAUACAACUUGGACAUCAUAGAGAUGCUGAGUGGACACCAGGCUCACCAGUUCAAGGGUCUUGGAUUAGAACGACAGCUACAACAUCAACAGCAAGUACAACUUCAUCAGCAUCAGUUACAGCAACAACAGCAGCAGCAGGCAGAAUCAUCAGGAGCUCUUCUGUCUGGACUUGGCUUGGGACCUCUUCAGGGAUCCCGGAGCAACGCAUUCAGUGAUUCCUCAUCGCUUUUUGCCAAAAUGAGUGCCCCUCCCCCACCUUUGCAGCAACAGUCUCUGUCUUCAUCCUCGCAAUCAUCUCGAAAGUCUAGCAAAAUGGCCGGAAGUAGCAGCAGUGGAUACCCUCAGUUUUUGCGCUCAUUUCACCCAUCUGAUGCUCUUGCCCAGGAGCAGCUGCAUCAUGGAGUGGGCCGCUUUGAACACUUUGCAGGAGGCAGUGGCAGUAGUGGAAGUGGGCUUGGAGGAUUAGUGUCUUCUGGACCACCACCCCCUCCUCCAUUGCAUCCUGGACUCUCUGUUCCCCAAGCUUCACCAGGGCCAUCUUCUUCCUCUCCAUCUCCAUCAAGUUCAGUGGCAAACUCUAUCAACCCCCCCAGCAGCAGUGCGGUGACCUCUUUAGGGCACCAGCUGGUUGGAUCCCAGUCUGAUGCCCGCAGCCUUCAUCAACAGUUCAGCUGUAUGCUAGCAGCCAAUCAAUACUUUUUAUCUGGUGUUCCAGCAAACGCCAGUUUGGAGCAGUUCUUGGUCCAACAAGGCAGCCACAACCACCUUGGUCUUGGUGAUUCAAGUUCUGGCCUGGCACCGCCUCCUGCUCUUCAUUCCGCACAUUCUCACUCCAACCCCCCACAGCAGCAGCAGCCACCCCAACAGCAGCAGUUGCCCCCUCACACUCUGUCACACCCUCACUCCCACCAUCACCACCACCACCCUCUUCAUUCAACCUCCCAAUCCUCAUCACUAGGUAGUUUUGACUUUCAAGGUAUCCCAGUCCUGUCCUCAAACCAGCUAGCUUCUCUAAUGCAACAGGAAGCUGGUCUUCCUCUACCAUUACCCCUUCAUCUGUCUCUCUCCAAGGAUGAUGGGAAAGGGGACAGUGGUGGAGGAAGUGGUGGAGGUAGGAGAAAGAAAGCUAUGGCGGGAUACAUGCCACAAAGAAAAUCUGAUAGUCACAACAACAAUAAUAGCAGCAGUAACAGCCACAGUGCUUCAAAUCCUAAUUCAAGUAGUACUAGUUCUGGUGGCCUCGGUCAGAGCUCAUCCUCUGGCCUUGUUGGUGGGGGUGGAGGGAUUGGGAUGGCAGGUCAUGGUGGACAGCCCCCCUCCCUCCUCUCUUCCUCGUCUGUGGUUUCUUCAUCUUCCUCUUCAGCACCUUCAUCAACAUCAGCAUCUGUUUUGGUGACAAAUGGCUCACACCUCUCCAAGACUCUCGGAUCCAUGGGGCCGCCUCCUCAGCCUGAACCUGAGGCACUCUACCAUUGUGGUGAAUGUGGCAAAACCUUCACACAUCUUUCAAGUCUGCGAAGACAUCUACGCUGUCACGAAUUGACCACUGCAGGAACAGCAGGCUCCAGAAAUAAUAAUCCAAACCCUGUACAGCUCCCUGCAGAACGAGGAGGUGAUCCUCAUUCAACCCCGCCGGCUAGUGCAGUUGUUGUUGUUGCUUCAUCCUCCUGUCCAAGUCCUGAUAAGACUUUCCAAUGUUCUGAGUGCGGGAAAGGAUUCAAGAAAAAGGGGCAUCUCAUUCAGCAUGGUGUGAUACAUUCAGGAGCAAAACCAUUUGCUUGCUCAACAUGCAGUCGUGCUUUCAACCGCCGAGAGUCUCUGACCCGCCAUGAGAAGAUCCAUGAAGAUAAACCGUUCCGUUGCCCUGCAUGUGGACGCUGUUUCCGAGAGAGCACCUCUCUGUUGAACCAUGCAGCCUCUGGCACGUGUGGAAAACCCGGAAGGCCUCCCAGACCACGGAGCCCUGGAAGCGGCAGUGCCAUGGCUGGUAAAAGCAGUAAGAGUGGCACAGCCAGUGACGGAGGGAUGGGUAUCAGUGGCGUAGGUUCUUACAGAAGUGAUGGUUACAAUGAUGACUACAAAGAUCAACGUUCUCAAAGCCACCCAUAUUCUGGGCCUUCCUCUUGUGGCAGUGGGAUGACAGCCCUGAGGAAGGCGCCUCUAGCUCCAACUCUGCAUCCACACCCCCAAAGCCAAAGCCAACAGCAACAUCAUCACCAGCCACACCUCCCUCUCUCCUCCCUUCUGGAUGACUCUGAAGAUGAUGUCACAAGUUCAGUCAAUAAUGCUAUAUCUGCCAUCACCGCUGCUGCAGCCAACUGUAUGAGCAGUGAUAUGAAUAGUGGUGGAAAUCGAGGAGAUGACCGUAGAGACAUAAUUGGAGGGUUGCUUGGUGGCCUUGGUUUGGGCCCCCUUGGGGUCUCCCAAAGUGGUCCAUCAUCCACUUCGGGAAUAGAUAAAUCAUAUAGGGGAGGUGUUAACUCAGGAGGCAUGGGUGGUUUGGGCCCAAAUCAGCAGAUUCCAGGUGCCAAGCCCAAACGUCCACGGAAGCCCCGCAAGAAGAAGGAGCCUGGGCCAGGUGGAGAGAUCAUCAAGAGAAGGCAGACAUCUCACAGGGGAAUCAAUGGAAAUGAACGCCCAUAUCUGUGCAGUGUCUGUGGUCGAGGGUUUGCAAGGCGUGAGACGCUACGCAGACAUGAUCGCAUACACACUGGUGAGAAACCUCAUCACUGCACAGUCUGUGGUAAAUAUUUCAGAGAAGCCUUCCAUCUGUCCAAGCACCACACAGUUCACUCUGGGGAGAAGAAUUACAAAUGCGGUCUUUGUGGAAAAGAUUUUGGCUAUGCGCAGAGCCUUAAAAGACAUGCUAAGCUGCACCAAAAAGGGGAGUUGGAAGAGGUUCCCACAACUCCUGGUGGAGAGAACCUGAACAGCUACACAAAUUCUGGGGCCAUGAACCAAGAUAGGGGUCAAGGGAACUCUUCCUAUUAUUCAUAUUCACAAGAUGUGAAGCCUCAAGGGUCUCAUAGUCAGCCUCCCCCUAGGUUGUACACAUGUGCGAUAUGUUGGAAAUCCUUCCGUCAUCAUUUUCACCUAACUGCACAUCAUCAAACAGUUCAUGAAACUGGGGGAGAAAAGCUUUUUUCCUGUGAGGUGUGUGGGAAGGCCUUUGCAUAUUCCAACAGCCUCACAAGGCACAGGCUCUCCCAGCAUGGUUUGUCACGCACAGGCCAAACAAAUUCACAAGGUGAUACUAGUGGCUCUGGGGCCAAUAACAGUGUAGGUGGUUCUGUCUCUGAGAGUGAGGCUGCUACAAAUGCCUUGCUCCAACUUGCUCCCCCUGGUGGAGCACACGGGGAACAGCAGGCACAUGGUGGUGUUCUCCAUAGUCAUCAGCCACCUCCGCCACAACCACAAGCGGGUUACUCCCCUUUGUUCUAUGUCCCAGAUACAAACACAUCUCACCCCUCAUCCUCCAAUGCCUCCCCGUAUUCUCAUCCACUUCCCUCCAGUUCUAACAUACCUCCCCUUAGCCAUCAACAGUCACCAACAGGUGUGAAAGGAGAGCCUCUUUACCAGACAGGCGCAGGUCACACAAUGAACACAAAUCCUUCUGGACAUCCCUCUUUUGGGAUGUCCCCAAAUGAACCCCAUCCACUUCAUCACCUCCAUCACCAUCACCACCAUUCUGAGGAUCUGCAGUCUCAUCAGCACCAUCAGAGCUUUCACUCGCAAGAUGACCUGAGAAAAAAAAAAAAAAAAAAAAAAAAGAAGGACGACCGAUUGAGGGGAGUAUACAGAUGGGACGAGAGGGUGGGAGGGGAGCAGAUCGGGAGGGAGAAAGUUCUGAGGAGGAAAAUGCUGAGGAGAAAAAGGAGAGCGAUUCACCGCCGGCAACGCCGCUUCAGGAAGCGCAUGGCCCUACUCUUGAGGAUUAGACGUGGAGGAAGCGGAAGAACCACAGUAUGUGAACUAGCAGCUGUGCGGGGGUUAAAGCUUCAGAGUUUAGCGUCUUUACAAAACCCCCUCAAGCGUUUUCCUUGUCCCCUCUGCCCACGUUCAACCUUUUCACGACGUGCAGCCCUUAUAGUCCAUCGCGCAGCCAAGCACUGUCCCAGAGCCAGUUUCCCUGCCGAGCGUCUGAAAUGCAAUGUCUGUGGGAAACAGUCUCGGAAAUUUUUGUCCUUCUUCAUUCACAGGGGGUCUCACUUAUCCAAGGGAACAUUCUCUUGUAAACGUUGCUCUUCACGUUUCUGGAACCCCAGUCUCCUUAAGCGACAUAAGACAUCCUGUCGUGGAAAAUUAGCAGGCUUACGCCGAGGAAGAGCACUUCAUUCGAAAUUAGCUGCAGGGGCAGUAGGUAAGGGAGGAGAUGGCCAUAGUGGCCAACCUUACAUGUGAUAUAUAUAUAUAACACUUCAAGUGUUAAUUUGGCUUUUGAAGAAGAUAUGCGAAAAAGAAAACAAGACUUUGAGGUUUGGUAUGUGCAUGCUAAUAUUGAAGAAAUUAUCAUAUGAAUGGCCCAUGAUGGAUUCUACAAUUUUGGAAGGCACCAGUACCUCAUCUUUUCAGUGACUGUUUAAGACGGUGCAUUUUCCUUUUCAAUAUCACGAACAGCGCUAAUAAUCAGAACUAACCUAACCUUAAAGCAAGCACCCACAAUCCCAGUUGCAUGGGAUGAUUUUUUAAAGGACAUCACAGUUCCUUUCCAGAUUCUCCUUAACCUUUAUGUGCAUUUACAGUACUGUGGAUCAUUAGAUGAGAUUUCUGUGACUUGCUCAUAUUUACCCCUUUUCCUAACAGUAAUGAUUAGCCCUCACUGUAACCCAGCAAACUCUGUAUAAGUAUUCUGUCUCUGAUGUGUAUAAUGUGUAGUGGGUGUUCACGUAGAGAUGGUGUGGACAUAUGAUCUCUUUAAUGUAAAACUGCAUUUAAUAGGAGAAGAGGGAUCUUGGGAAAGUGAAGGUAUUAGUUUGAAGAAACUGUCUUUUCUUUUGGUAGUAUUUUUGUGCAUGUUGGACAUGUUAAACAAGUAUCUUAGCUGAUAUGAGGUUUGGAAAUCACUAUGUGGCCGUUACACUUUAAAUCGAAUUUGAGAAGUGCAAUUUUUAUUUGUUGCUGUUACAAUAUUUCGCUCCAAAUCCAGGCUUAUAGGUCUCAGACCAUAUAUUUGGACUAUGUCAAUCACCUGAUAAGAUCAGGUGAUAUCAGUAUUUUAAUAAAAUGUCAUAAUUGACAUGAGAAAUUGACAAUAAAUAGUUGAUUUGAAAAGUGCUUUUUAGAUAAUCAAAGUAUAAAACAUACUUUGAGUAAAAUUGGAAGGACGUCAUAUCUUGCCAAAACUAAUUUAAGAAAUAAAGCCUUUAACCAAAAGUCUGUAUUGAAAGUGGUAGCCUCUCGCACCACGAACAGCAGUGUAAGCAGAAAUGUAGUGUUUUUACAUGGAGGUUGAAAUAGAAAAAAGAACGGAACAAGUGUACUGUAAUGUAAAUCGUGUUGAUAUUUUAUUACUGUUACAAUGUCUCUCUUUUGCAAUCAAAUGCCUAAUAUUUAGUUUCUAUCAUUGCUACUUUAUGAGUAGGUGGAACAAGAAUGUGGGAGUUAUCACUAGAGCAGAACAUGACUUAACAUAUUAAUGUGUUUGACACAGCCUUUCAAACCCUAAACCUUAGCUCUUACACAUGUAUCACUUUUUUCUCAAGUAGAUAUCCAUACUACUCAUAGCCCUGUUUUCUUCAAAAGAAAGAAAUGAUUCUAAGUACCUUUCUAUCACUUUAUUUACCUAUGAUACAAAUGGUUGUUGAUUCUAAGCAUUUAAUAAAAAUGUAAACUGUA